UGCGCAACACACGGACCAAUCAGGAUCAGCGUGGGUAGCUUUUUGAAAACGUUGGCGGCCGAAGAAGUUCAAAAUAGUAACAGCUUUCUCCACUUAAACGUUAUACUACAAAUCUCCACUACAAUGCAGAAUAAGGAAAAUUAUGAGCCCAGGAGUUUCCAGCGACCGUUUGCAACGCCAAGCAUGUUGUCAGGCCCCCAGCGGGUUCAGGUGAAGCCACGGACAGAGGUGGACAAAAACGCCAUCACAGGCCCUGGGAGGGAGUGUGUUGGCGCAUCCUCCAGUGCAGCAUCAAAAAAAGUCUCCAUCGAUGACUUUGACAUCGGCCGACCGCUCGGGAAGGGCAAGUUCGGUAAUGUCUACCUUGCCAGGGUGAAGAAGCUGCAGUCCAUUGUGGCGCUGAAGGUGUUGUUCAAGUCACAGAUGGAGAAGGAGGGUGUGGAGCAUCAACUCAGGAGGGAGAUUGAGAUUCAGGCACAUCUCAAACACCCAAACAUUCUGCGCUUCUACAACUAUUUCCAUGACCGGAAGAGGGUCUACUUGGUGCUUGAGUACGCCCCGCGCGGUGAAUUGUACAAGGAGCUGCAGAGAUGUGGAAAAUUUGACGACCAGCGUACUGCCACAUACAUGGAGGAGAUAUCUGAUGCACUAAUGUAUUGCCAUGAGAAGAAAGUGAUUCAUCGAGACAUCAAGCCAGAGAAUCUGCUGUUGGGCUAUCGCGGGGAGCUAAAGAUUGCAGAUUUUGGUUGGUCCGUCCAUGCACCAUCUCUAAGGCGUCGUACAAUGUGCGGGACCCUGGACUACCUGCCUCCAGAGAUGAUUGAAGGCCACGCCCACAGUGAGAAGGUGGACCUGUGGUGCAUCGGGGUUCUCUGCUACGAGUGCUUGGUCGGCAACCCACCUUUUGAAACGGCGAGCCACUCGGAAACCUACAAAAGAAUUAUGAAGGUGGAUUUGAAGUUCCCUAAAACCGUCUCCGACGGUGCCAAGGACCUGAUCACCAAGCUGCUACGCCACUGCCCCACGGACCGCCUCUCACUGCAGAGUGUCAUUGAUCACUCAUGGGUGCGCACCAACUCCCGCCGAGUCCUGCCCCCCAUCUGCCCUGGCAAGUCCUGAGCUCCUGCCUGCCGCCUUCCCCCGGAGGGCUGUUUUUAUCUGUCCUCCACAAGAGACUUGGCCAGCAUGUUUGGGUUCACUGCCGUGGGCUUCAAACUGCCAUUAUUCUGGCACCUUUUAUGAUGGGUAUGACUGUGUACCUACUUUUUUUAUUAUCGUACAGUGUGAUGUCAUCGUCUCUGGUAUGUUUUGGUUGAUUUUAUUUUUUUUGUGUGUGUGUGUCUGUGUUUUUAUUGCUAUUUCUUCUCUGGCUCCUUUUUCUUGUUUUACGGACACUGUUGUAAUUUGGGAUUUCUGCAGCGGAUGGUCUUGAAGCCAAAGUACUACUGUUAAACUGAGUAAGGUGACCGUGUUCUCAAACAGUUUAAGAUGAGAGAGCCGGAGUGGUUUUAAAUUCCCUCAAGCUGUUCCUUUAAUUUCUAAUAAAUAUUAUAAAAUGA